AUGCUGCUGCGGGGCCUGGCAGGGGCGCGCUGGGGGCCCCCAAAGAGCCCCAGGGGCACCCCAGGCCCCCACCCCGCCACCUCCUGCAGUUCGGACGCCACAGCAGGGCCUGGGGGCACCUCGGACACCCCGGGAAGGGACAGCAGGACAGCCACCCCUGAUGGCGACAGUGGGGACCCUCGUGCAGCCCCCCCGGUGCCCCCCCUGCCCACGCACUGCUGCGGCACCGGCUGCCCCAACUGUGUCUGGGUGGGCUACGUGGAGCAGCUGCUGGAGCUGCACCGGGACGGCGGAGCCCAGGCCCUGGCGGCCGUGGAGCAGCACGUGGAGGACGAGAACAUCAAAAUGAUCCUCAGGAUGGAGAUCAGGCUGCGUGCCAGGAAGGAAUGAGCCUCCCCAGAUGGGUGGGGGACACCCCUGGGGGGACAGGAUCCAUGCCUGGGUGGUUUGGGGUGGUUGUUGUGUGCUGAGUGUGCCAUCCCGGCGGUGUCACUCGAGGUUGGGUCACCUCCUGCCUCCCAGGGAGCCGUCCUUGGGGACAGGUGGUGACUCAGGGCUGUCCUGAGCCCCGGAUUUCCCGGGAGCUGGAUGCUGUGCCCUCCCCAGCGUGGCAAAUCCCUGCCAAGGGCAGGCUGGGCAGCCCUCCUCCUCCUCCUCCUGUGAUCCCAGCUGGAAUUUAAGCACCUUGGGGGGAUUUUCAGCACCUUGGCCAUGCCCUGGUGGUGGGGAGGGCCGGGGGGGCUGGGCCAGACCCUCCCCAGUGACACCACAAAGCCUCUUAGGGGCCUCUCCGUGGGGGCAGCGUGUGGCACCGAGCACGUGGGGAGCUGCAGCCUCCCGUCAGGGGCACUGUCCCUGUCCCUGGUGCCACAUCCUGCUGGGCUGCUUUGCAAGGUGCCUUUUCU